GACGUGCUCGUGGUUUCCGCCCGAGCAAUGUUUACUGUUGCACCAGCGCAAAAUGGCGAACCACCUUCGCUUCGUUGCCCGGACAGUGAUGGUUCAGGAUGGAAACGUUGACGCUGCAUAUAAAGCUCUUAAUAGAGUGCUGUCGCUGGACGGAAUCAUCGAGACCGUAAAGCGCAGGCGCUACUACGAGAAGCCGUGCAGGCGGAGACAGAGAGAGAACUACGAGAACUGCAAGAGGAUCUACAACACAGAGAUGGCACGCAAGCUCUCGUUCGUCUCCAGGACGAACCGACAAGACCCGUGGCUGGGGUGUUGAUCAGCACUGAACACGCUCACCAUGUACAUACAGAGUGGACAGUUGGUGUGAAAAGAUAUGCUAAUCUAGAUGGAGAAAGGAGAUUCACUUGCACAUGAAGAUGUCAUGCAACAUUCAGGGUCACGUUCUGAUCUAGUCUGUUAAUUUGCUGCAGUUUGAAUUAGAAAAUGUGGAGAAAUAUGGACUUUACUCACGAUCUGAAAUGAACCAUAUAGCCUCCAAGCUUCUUAACUAUUAAAUGUCUCUGUGAAGUG